AUGCCUUACGAUCCAAAAAAGCCACCUCCUCCGCCUCCAAGAGUAAGACCACCACAGGUAACCAGUCCUCCAGUGAUUAUUGAAGAAGUUGUAGCUGCAAAGAAUGCUGUGAGUGAGGAAGAACAUUCUAAAAGUCAAACAACAACCACUUCACCACUUAAUGUAAAACCACUGCCACCUGUUCCUCCUCAAAAACCAUUCCGUCCUCCUCCUAAUGUCGAAGAGCCAGUCAUUCAAAUCGAUCCAGAAUUUUAUGAGGAAGGUAAUGAUGUUCCUUAUUAUGAUGGAGAGGGGCAGCCACAGGAUCAAUACUAUGAGGGAGAGGAUCAACAAUAUUAUGAUGAAAAUCAACAAGCUUACUAUGACGAACAACAAUAUUAUGACGAACAACAACAAGCAUACAAUUAUGAUGACCAGCAACAAGAUGGUGCUUAUGGGUAUGAACAACAAUAUCAAACAGAAGAGCAAACUCAAGAAUCUCAACAGGAAGCUUACUAUGAAGGAGACGAUCAACAAGCAUACUAUGAAGAUCAAACUGUAAAUAGUUGUGAAGAAGCAAUCAUUGAGGAGCCAAUUGUUGAGACAUCACCUGUAUCUCAAAUAGAGGAACCAAAUAGACCUCCUCCACCAAUACCUGUACAUUUGGAUAUCAUUGAAGAUUCUCAACCAAUAGUUGAAGAAACAGUUGUGGAAGAAUCAAUAAUGGAAGAAGUUGAUUCGAAACCUAUUGAAUCCGACAAUAUCAACACUGAACAACCACCAAUUGAAGAUCAAACCACGCCAUGUUCAGAAUCAUCACCACCUGUAUCAGAAUCAAUAUUUUCUGUUUUUGACUCCACAACUUUGAAUCCACUGCCAUCUCUUCCAAAGAAAUCCCUGUCUAAGCGUCCACAAAGAAAGGAAAGAUCGAGAGAAUGUGUUGACCUGCUCUUUAAAAAGGCAGACACUUUCUUUGAGCAACAUGUGGAAAUUGAUGUGAAAGAAUUCAGUAAGGAAGAAGAGAUCCCAGAAACCAAAACCACACCAAUGAAGCCACAACCAAUGUUCAUGAUGAAUCAAUCCAUGUUGGAAGGAAUUAAAUUGAAGAAAUCUUCCACUCCUAUUGUAUUAAAGAAAGCUGUUACUGAUGAAGAUGAAUCCUCGGUGAAGAAGGAAGAAACUCCAAAGAAACCUAGUUGGGCCCUUAGAGAAAAGACUCCACUUGCUGAAGAAAAAACAACCCCUCAAGCACCUCCUUGGGCUAGUGCUUUAAAGAAGAAGUCAACCAAUGAAACAACUUCUGAUGUAUCAGCUACUCCAACUAAAACAGAACCUUCAGUUGAAGGAAAGAAGAGUUUAUUUGAGAGAAAUGGAAAACUUAAACCAACCAUUUUUGGAUCACCUCAUCAUCAUAGUGCUACCUUACCUGCUGGAUUCUCGAUAUCUAAAUUCAAAAAGUCAGAAGAACGAAAGAAACAAGAGGAAGAAACUGAAACCAAGAAGGUUGUUGACGAAACCAAUACAGAGGCAAAGAAUGAAGAAUCCCCAAAAUGUGAAGAAACUAAAUCAGAAAAGACUGAGGAAAACAAAUCCGAAGAAGGUCCAUCUGUUGUAGAAAGGGAGAAGGAAGAACCAAAAGAUGAUCUUUCUCCAGUCAUUACUCCAAAGAAGGCAGAAAGUUUCAGAUUUGCAACUCUUGGCUCACCAAUUUUGAGACAAACAGAGUCACCAUUUGUUACAGCAGUUAAAGAUGAAGGUGCCAAUGAUACUUCCACAUCAAAAGGUUCCCUUAAGGAUAAACUAGCCAUGCUUGAAAAGAAACAAGUUGCUCAAGCACCUCCUGCUCAAGUUGAUUUUAGAUCAGUGUUAAAAAAGAGACCAGCCAAUCAAUAA